AGCAAAGCUCGCCUAUUACAUACGGAUUGGUCUAAUAAACUCCCCAAAAUACUUCCUCCCCCCCUCAAAAGACUUCACCUCACAUGUUAUCACAUACCAUCGGCAGUUUCAUCUAGCAGACAUAUGACUCUCAGAUGCGUGCAAACGGACAAGUAAACUCCAGCAGAGAGAUUCUUCUGCUAUUUUUAGUCGUGUUCUCGCUCUUUUUUUUUAAUACGUGUCAUGGAUUAUAUGGAGUCCAAAAAAAAUCCUCUGCUGUCCAUUUCACCAUAUCCACAUGUUCCUUAUCCUCCCUAUUUCUCGCAAUAGUUGCAGCACAUUCUCAACACUUCCUUGAAUCAAGACCAACAGACCGGAAACCUCUGAAGACCCAACUCAUCCUAUGGCUACUCAACUCCUCAAUCCAUUCCCACAACUGCAGCAGCAGCAGGAGCGUCAAUCAACAGACAGGGACCCAGUUCAGAGCUUGAAGCAGCCAUGAAAGCAUUAGAAUUCUACACUCUCAACCAAACCAAGCCAAAAGAUCCCCAAGCUUUCUACAACUCCCUCAUCUCCCUCUGCAUAUCCAACAAAGCCCUCCGCGAAGCAAACCGCCUCCGGUCCCACCUUGCCCACGUCGGCCAUGAGCCCGACCUCUACUUGAACAACCAGUUUAUCAAUCUCUACUCGAGAUGCCGCGAGCCUGAAAUGGCGAGAGAUAUAUUCAAUAGGAUGCAUCAGAGGAACUUGGUCUCUUGGAAUGCCAUGAUAUCAUGCUACUGCUCUAAUAAUCUCUUCAUUGAUUCUCUUACGCUGUUCUUCGACAUUCUAGAUACCGGUCUGAUGCCUGACCAUGUCACUUAUCUGACUGCUCUUCGUGCUUCUUCUGGCUCGGGGGAUUUAAAACAUGGGGAACAGAUGCACGCCCUUAUCAUAAAGAAUGGCCUCGUCUUGUCCAGGGUUGAGGUGGGCAAUGCUUUGAUAAACAUGUACUCGAGAUUUGGCAGGCUGGAAGAAGCUGAGGCAGUGAGCAAAUAUAUGGCUUCGCUAGAUGAAAUAACGUGGAAUUCGCUCAUUGCUGCCUAUUCCAAGAAUGGAUGCGGUGACCGUGCUUUGGCUUUGUUUGUAGACAUGAUGCAUUCGAAUCAAGAACCAAAUGACUUCACCUUUGGCAGUCUGUUAGGAUCAGAAAAAAUAGCUUCCAUCAAAGAGCUUCAUUCACAGACUAUUACGAGGGGGGUAGUGACCAAUGUGGUUAUUGGGAGUGCUCUUUUAGAUGCUUAUGCCCGAUGCCAAAAACCUAGAAAUGCAUUGUCGGUUUUCAAUUCAAUGCCUAAGAGAAACAUAAUCACAUGGAACUCUAUUAUUUCCGCGUGCCUUGGAAAUGGGAUGCUCGAUAAAGGGUUCCAACUUUUUCAUCAAAUGGGUAAAUCUGGAUUGCUCGCAGAUAAAUACACCAUCUCCAUCCUUCUGAAGGCAGCCUCCACUCAAUUGUCAACAGAUACAGGGAAGCAGCUCCAUGGUCUCGCGGUUAAGAUGGGUCAGCAGUCUGAUACUGCAACUGGAAACAACAUCAUCACAAUGUAUUCAAGAAAUGGAUCGAUAUCAGACUCUAGGAAGGCUUUGGAGAAUAUUAUCGAACCCGAUCUCAUCUCUAGGAACGCUAUGGCUCAGGCUUACCUUGACAAUGAAGAACCCGAACUCUCUCUGGACAUAUUCAAAGAGAUGAAGUUGUCAGGGUUCAAUCCAGACCAAUACAGCUUUGCCUGUGCACUGGCAGCUUGUGCUUCACUCUCUUGGCAAGGAGUGGGAGAGCAAAUCCACUGUAACAUGAUAAAGACGGGUUUAAUACUGGAUGACUUCUUGGGGAGUGUACUAAUUGAUAUGUAUUCAAAAUCUGCAGCUAUCAUAGAAGCUAGAAAGGUGUUUGAUGGAAUAGAGAGAAAAGAUGUAAUAACAUGCAAUUCGAUGAUCGCUGGGUAUGCUCAUAAUGGCUAUAUUGAACAGGUCCUGAAGCUCCUCUCUUUGAUGAACAAAGAGAAUCUGAAACCUGACAGCUUCACCUUUGCCAGUGUCGUAUCUGUGUGUGCCAAUUCCACAGCAAUACAGCAAGGGAGGCAGGUCCAUGCUCUGAUCUCAAAGUCAUCUUCAGAGGUCAUUGCUGAUACUGCAGUGACCAAUGCUCUUAUAACAAUGUACAGCAGAUGUGGCAGCAUAAAAGAGGCAAAAAAAGUUUUCUCAGAAACAAAAAACAAGAACGUAGUGUCGUGGACUUCUAUGAUUAGUGGGUAUGUCCAGUGUGGCUACUCAAAAGAGGCUCUAGAGCUUUUUAACAAGAUGGAAGGUGCUGAAGUAACACCUAAUGCAAAAACCUUUGUCGCGUUGUUAACUGCCUGCAGCUAUGGAGGCUUGACAGAUGAAGCUGACAAGUACUUCAAGAUGAUGCAUACCAAAUAUGGCAUUAAACCGGGAUUUGAUCAUUAUGCCUGCGUUGUUGAUAUUUUGGGAAGAGCAGGGAGACUAAAUGAGGCAGAGGAUAUCAUCGAAAGAAUGCCUUAUGAGCCAAAUGCACUUGUGUGGAAAAUACUACUAAGUUCUUGCAGGAUUCAUGGGGAUCAGAGGAGAGGGAAAAGGUCAAUGGAGAAGAUACUGGCAUUAGAUCCUGGGGAUUCUGCAGCUUAUAUCUUACUUUCCAACUUGUACGCAGAUUUAGGAGAUUGGGAUGGGGUAGCGGAAGUAAGACAAUUGAUGAGAAAGAAUGGGGCAAAGAAGGAACCUGGGAAGAGUUGGAUUGAAUUAAGGAAUAAGGUUCAUGAGUUCCGAGCAGGAGAUUAUUCCCAUCCAAGAACAGACGAAAUCUACUUGAAGGCGAGAGAAUUGUGCAGACACAUGAAAGAUGAAGUUUACUUUUUUGGCAAAGACCAAUUGGAUAACGACUUCACAUAGAGUUUGUGUCCGUUGCUUAAUGUAAACUUAUGAAUAUAACUCAUCAGGCAAUGGAUUUGAAGUAGA